GAGUCAUACCUGCCAUCCCCUCCCUUCUAUAUGGUAUGUGUACGUUCUGUCCCUAAAGGGAAACAAGUGUGCGUUAAUUAGACAAUCGUCAGAAUGACAACCAGCCUGGCACAUGGCCAGGGGAACUCAUUACAUCAACAGCGUGCUCUUUGAAGUGCUGCAGCAGCUAGCGAGAAGCCAGGCGCAGAGAGGGAAGCCAAGUAUCCUCAGCCUCUGUUCUCGCCAGGCUUUGUGCGAGCUCUAGAACCGGUGGGUUUGAAUAAGAGCGGACGUUCCUGCCUCGGUGAGCUGAAUGCCAAACCUGAAUUACCAGCAGUGUGUGUGGCUGAACAGCCAGCCAGGUGACAGUGUGCUGCAGGUUUUUCAGGUCCCUCUCCCAGCGCCCUGUGCAGAGGAAAUGGCCACCGAGCAGCCGAUGGGCCCCACGGAGGAGCAGCUGGAGAUCCUGGAGUAUAACUUCAGCAAGGUCAACAAGCACCCAGACCCUACUACCCUCUGCCUCAUCGCAGCCGAGGCGGGGCUGUCCGAAGAGCAGACCCUGGUGAGUGCCCCAGCGCCCACAGCCCUGCUCCUCGGCCCAGAAACCCAUCCCCCCACACACUCUGACUCACUACACACCCCACCCCAUAACUCCCUCCUCGCCUCAUAACCCUACAGCCCUGAUUCACUCCACAACCCCACCUCGUAACUACCUCUUCACCCCGUAACCCCACAGCCCUGACUCACUCCACAACCCCACCCCGUAACUACCUCUUCGCC